AACGUACGGUCGGUUAGUUGGAUGAAGGCGGUGCUAGCGGUGCCCAAGCAGCAGGGCCUCGCCUUUGUGGGUGUAGAAAGAGAAGAUGGCUCCCGUUCUGGAGAAACAGCUCCCGGGUGCAGCCGGACUGGGCGACAAUAACAAGGAAGACGAAGAAGGACAAACACUUUGGUCCUCAAUACUUAGUGAAGUUUCAACCAGGUCGAGUUCAAAGUUGCCAUCAGGAAAAAAUAUCCUGGUAUUUGGUGAGGAUGGGUCAGGAAAAACAACGCUUAUGGCCAAACUGCAAGGAUCUGAACACAACAAGAAGGGGAGAGGACUGGAAUAUCUUUACUUGAACGUCCAUGAUGAAGACCGAGACGACUUGACUCGCUGUAAUGUGUGGAUCUUGGAUGGAGACCUGUACCACAAAGGCCUACUAAAGUUUGCUGUCACACCUCAGUCGCUACCUGACUGCCUGGCUGUGCUCGUUGCGGACAUGUCGCGGCCCUGGACCAUUAUGGAGUCCAUGCAGAAGUGGGCCAGUGUGCUCCGUGACCAUGUGGACAAGCUAAAGGUUCCUCCAGAGGACAUGAGAGAGCUGGAGCAGAGGAUGGUGAAAGCCUUUCAAGAGUACGCAGAACCAGAGGACGCCACCCCAGCCUCCCCCCGACGGGCUCCGACAUCAGGGGAAGACGAAGCCGUUGUGUUACCACUCGGGGACAACACACUCACACACAACUUGGGCAUUCCAGUGUUAAUAGUUUGCACAAAGUGUGAUGCGAUCAGCGUAUUGGAGAAGGAGCACGACUUCAGAGACGAGCACUUUGAUUUCAUCCAAUCCUGCAUCAGACGAUUCAGCUUGCAGUAUGGCGCUGGGCUCAUCUACACUUCAGUCAAAGAGGAGAAGAACCUGGAUCUGCUUUACAAAUACAUAGUGCACAGGCUGUAUGACUUUCAGUUCGUCACGCCCGCCUUAGUGGUGGAGAAAGAUGCAGUGUUCAUACCGUCUGGAUGGGAUAAUGAGAAGAAAAUUGGGAUUUUGCACGAAAACCUCACGACGGUCAGACCCGAUGAUCCGUUUGAAGAUUUCAUCACAAAACCUCCAGUACGAAAGUUGGUUCAUGACAAAGAGAUAAAUGCAGAAGACGAGCAGGUAUUCCUGAUGAAGCAGCAGUCUUUGCUAGCAAAGCAGCCAGCAACACCAACCAGAGGAGCAACAGAAUCUCCUGGAAGGACGAUGUCAUCGUCCCCCAGGCCGGCGGGUCGUGCUGGCCAGCCAAGUGUAACCAGCUCACCAAUGGCCUCUGUCAAAAAACCUGACCCCAACAUGAAAGCAGGGGCUGCUAAUGAGGGAGUGCUGGCCAACUUCUUCAACAGUCUGUUGAGUAAAAAGACUGGAUCUCCAGGAAGCCCAGGAUCUGGAGCAGUCGGAGCUGGAGUGCAAGGAUCUGCCAAGAAAACAGGGCAGAAGCCGGGUUUGACUGACGUCCAGGCCGAGUUGGACCGGAUGACUCGCAAGCAAGACUCCGUGGUUUCAGCUAACAACGUACCGCCAACAGAGAACGAAGCGUGAAGGCAACAAAACGGCUGCGUCGUCCACUGCGUUAAUACUCUGGAAAAAAAAAUAAUAAUACAUGUACAUGUGAGCAUAAACAGAAAAGAAAAAAAAAAAUUGACCAAAUUCCCAACGCCUGUAUCAGUCAGCACACACUGUCGGUUUCACCAAACGAGCUUCCGAUGCGAUCAGAUGGUGAGAUGGGAUGAGCGAUAAACACAGACGGAUCUCUUAGUGAGAUGAGGAAGUGCCGUAAGGCUUGGCUUUAUUUUUCUGUCUUCUCUUCAACUGUAAAUGCUAUUUUGUGAGGGAUGUCAGUUUUUGGAAACGUGUGCAACUCUUCCCCUCCCCGGCAGCCGGUCCGAGGCGCUGGUGCUGCAGGCCUCCUCCGUCUCUGGGAUAAAACGCUGUCCUCACGGACUCUGAAGAGUGAAAACACACUCAGCCUCGUGGUCCCUGGUUCAGCUUAUCUCACAGAAGAAUCUUUGGUUGCAAUUGGAAAGAUAUUUAAACAUGAAAUGUUAGGAAAAGUAAUUGAAAUACUUGCAAACUUAUGUAAAAAAAAAAAAAAAGACGAAAAAAAAACUGUUGGAUAUGAUACUGAUGUAUUUAUACAAAGUUCCUCCUUUUUAUUUUAUUUUCUGCACCAUUUCUUGGUUCAAGGAAACAUUUAUCUGCAACAUGUUAAAAUGACAUCAAGACACUAAUAUGACGUGUCCACACAGCUGAUAGCAUAUCAUUUGCCCUCGCUCAUCUCGAAGGAUUCUGUAGAUAUAAAAGCGUCACAACAAUAUUCAGGUUAACUUAAUUUUGUACAAAACGCGUUUCUGUCCAAAUAGUGAAAUUAGCUUCUUUGACUAAAUGAGACUGGAUGGKMWUUCUUUUUUUUUUUUUUUUUUUUUURAAGGGCUUAGAGGUUGCAGCAGCGUUGCUUCUUUAGGUAAAGGUUUGUAUAUUUUGGGAAGGGUUGGGCAGCAUCUUUCCUACUAUAACUCCUAAGUGCCUCGCACAGUUAGCCGUUUGUGUCGUAGUAGAGGUGCUUGUCUACACUAGAGGAAAUGCACUGUAGCACCACUGGUUUUAGGGCCUUUGUUGUUUUGUCCCCCAAUUAAUUUAUUUUGUAUCAUGUUUUUUUUUUUUUUUUGUCAGCUUUUGGAUUUUUUAUAUUUUCAGAAAUAAGCUUUCUGUGGCCUCUUUUAAUAACAUUUUACAGAGUAAUUGCCUUCAAGUGCACUGGCUGCUUAUAUCAAGAAGGAAAGCGGUGAGAGUGACUUUGGCUGAAACCACUUCACUGCAGCCAACACACAUUCAGUUCUAUGCUGUGCUUUGAACAAAACAAAAGAUAUCUUACUCUUCAGUGUUAGACGGCACUUGUUCUCUCCUCUGGUUUCACAUUUUCUUCACGCUGUACUUUGCAUGUCGGUUAAAAAACAUUCCUGUUUUCUACGUGAAGUCUGUGGAGAAACAAACGCCUCCCUGUAGGAAACCUGUUGGUUCACUUGUUUUUUUUUUUGUUGCUUUGGUGCCCAUUUAAACGACAACCUUUUGCCUUCAAUGUGCGACCUAGUUCGCCACACUAGGCCCCCCUUGCCUUCACAGGAAACAUCCUAACUUUGCGUGUCCUUAAGGGGUUGCUUGAUUGUUUUCUGUCGUUACCGUUUUGAACUUUUACUUGCAGCAGGCAUACUGUACCAUGUCAUAAAGUCAGUAAGUUUGUAGUUUGAUACCAUAAUCCAAAAAUGUUAGCGCAAGCUCGUUAUGCAAGGCCCUGCUUAAUCCUAUGGAUAAUAUCCAGUGUGGAGUGGCUUUUAUAGAAAUGGUCUGGGGAAAGCAGCCAAUUGCUAUUCAAGUGAGGCGAAGGGAGGAACGAACCGGUGGGAACUGGAACAUGUAACCAAAGAUGCUUAGUAGUCUUUACUUUCUGCAUUUGUAUGUCUUCCAUUAGAUUAACCAGUGGCCUUUUUUCUGUGCUACUCCUGCAUGAAGCUCUUUCAUUCCACUCAUCAGACCUGCCUUUUCAACUUUUAUUAAUACCCUGUAAAGUGGUAGAAAAAGCUUCAUCUGUUCAACUGUAUCUAUCAUUUUUUUUUUGGGGGGGGGGGGGAUUAAUGAGCUCUACAGUAUUUUGUUGCUGUAGGUUAGGGAUACAUUUUGUAAACCACUUAAAAAGUAACUUUUGGCACACAGGGUUUAUCUCUGAAUUUACUAUUUUCAAAAGGUGUAACGGAAAAUUAAAAAGAAAGUAUCUUACAUUGGUCAACAGGCUUGUUUAAGCAGCGUCUAAAAUGAACAUAAUUAUCUACUUUGCAUUUACUUUUGCUAAAGAUGAAGCUUUUAAGCAUUUUUUUCUUCUCUGUUGUUGGACUGGAUGAAGCACAAUUUAUAAUCAACCAGAAGCAGCGGACAUGUUUAAUAAGCACUUCUCCUUGGACAUUUAUAGAAGUUCCUUAUCUCUUAUUUUUGGUCCAUCUAAAAAUUGGAGUGAAUUCCCCUUUCAGAAAAAAUGAGAAAGGAAAUCGUCAGAAUUUGAAAAGGGCAGCAUUAUUGGUAUUAUGCAAGAAUAAUAUGGAGUCAUAGGACAUUUCUUGCUGGUAGUUAAGAUGUACUUGUUUGGUUCUUUGCUCAAUACUUGCCCUUUGUGUUUACUGUCAAAUUAAGCAUGUUUUUUUUGUAUUUUUCUUCAAUGGUUUUGCCUUUCUGAAUUUUCAGUUUGAAAUGCCUCUGCCCUGACCGACCACCCUGGUGUGUUUUGAUGACACACAGCCACAUCAGCUUAAUUUAGGCGCUUAGCUGAAAUUAAGCCACUCGGUUUCAGUGUUGCGCUUACUCUGUGUUGAAGAUCGGACGUCGCUUUGGUCGAUUGAUUUGAAUAAAAUACCGAAAUUAACUUUUGUACUCGGAUGCGAGCGGAAAUCAGCUGCCUCGUCACAUCCUAACUGAAUGGCCUUCAACCACUAUUGACUGUCUACAUCUAUGCGAGACUACAAGCUUCUGCUUCCAGUCCUUUUAUAUUUAAGAUACUGAGACAUUUUUAAGCACAUGGCCGGCUCUUUUGUGUCUGGAGUAAUUCAGAGGGUUGAUUGUAUAUUGUCUUUAACACAAUUCUGUAGCCUCUAAGCUGCCAUGUGGAUCCUUGCUUCUUAUGCUGACAAAAAUAAGGAAAAUGUUUAUCAGACCCCUGGCUUCAAUAAAACCAAGAAUCCUA